AUGUUCAAAGCAGCUUGGGAACUCACGCGUCAACCGCCUGGCGAUUCGUUGGACGACGCCAAAAGGGUCUUUCGUUCCUGGGAUGCGGAUAAGCGCAGUUGUCACGAGUUCUAUGGCUUCCUACUCUGCGAUAUUCGUCCCCCUCCCGACUCCGUGCAAUACAUCAGCAUGGGUUAUUGCGCAUGCACCAGUUUUUUCGAAGAAUGGGCGCUUCACCUCACCUACCGGGAUCUCAUCACAAAAUGCACAUUCGAGAGAUUUCACCGAGCAUACAUAACUCAUUCGUUGUUACCACUUAUGAAAUCCAAAGGACUGGCGGGACACCUCCCGCAACACUUUGCGAGCGCAACAGGGCUCCUGAGACCCGCUGUCUGGGACCUCAAGAGCUAUGCUCUGUACGACAAUAUACAGGAACCUGUUGUCGAACCGCAUCCAGUUCUGGUCGCGGAGUACGGUUUCAAGAACGCCAAAUCAAAGGAGGAUGCCGAUGUUCUGAAGAAGGCUUAUCAGCUAUAUUUUGAGUCGAAGGACGCCGAUGCAGCAGCGCUACACAACGCAUGCUUGGAGAAGAAAAUUUACGAACACGUCGACAGUGUCAUACGUCUGAAGAGUAAACGCUUGAGGUGUUUGAUGGCGAAUGACUGA